UCGCUGUGGCUCUUCCUCGCCUCUGCUGCAGAGCCGUCGCAGCCAAGCACUAGAUGAUCGAGUCUCUGGGGAAGCAGAUGCGCUUGCCCUUCAGCUCUCUUCAAAUAUGCUUAAACGCAGCUGACUGGACAGACGACAGCAACGGCGGUUCAAAAAGAGAAGAUCGGGUAGCGGGACAGAGGAGGCGGAGGAGGGAGGGAAAAAAAGGGAGGGAGGAAGCGAGGGGAGGAGGGAGGAAUGGAGAAGAGCGGAGGCUGGGAUUCCUGGCAGAACGGGCAGAAGGGGCCGAUGAUGCGCAGAGCUGCAGCACUGCAGUUCCGCCAGCGACAACCAGCCAUGCGAGAUGCUACGCCUGCCAGCCAGGGUUCGUGCCUCGACUGGCAGGCGGCUACAACAACGGCGGCAGCCGUUCUCCUACCGAGUCGUCUCCACGAGGAGGGAAGGAGAGGUAACAGGACGACAAGGAGGAAGAGGAGCAGCAGCGGCAGCAGCGGCAGCAGGGGGUCGAGCUCCGCGGCAGCGUACAACGCCUGAGCGGGCGCGCCCGCUGGGCAGUGCAGCGGCAGUGCUGCCGAGCACUACACGGCCGCAGCGGUGGUGCGGGAAAACAAACUUCAUCCGUCAGAGCAGCAAAAAACAACAGGAGCACUGAGUUUCGGC